AUGUCUACCACUUGCAGGCACUACACGCCUCCACACCUCCCACCCCACCUCGACAGCGAGACUGUAGUGCACGAGAUGAAUUUCCUGAGGCGAAUUCCCGACCCGUCACAAGCUACCCGUGCACGCAGUACUGGACCAAGCACUUCGAGCCUGCUCGACGAACAAACUGUACACGGGAACGAAAUUGCAUGUCCAGACUCGCUUAUCCUCACCCCCCUCAAUGACGCUACCAUCAUUACGCUCUCGGUCGACCGCGUCUUUCCCUCGAACACGCCCAACUCAUGGGACUUGGCUGAGAUCUUUGCCUACGCCGUCGCAUACGGCCUCUACCUCACCCUGUCGAUGAUCGCCCUUGUCAUCAUCAUCAAGGAGACGACCUUCUUCGAGGACAAGUUCGGCGUUAGGCUCACCACGUUCUUCCCCAUCGACACGAACAACGGGCAGAUGCACCCGAUCAUCUACCUCCAGGUCGCCAUCAUCUCGCAGGCGCCCAUCUUCGUCACCCGUUCGCACGGCUUCUUCAUGGAGCGCCCAUCGUUCGCUCUCAUGGGCGCGUUCUGCUUGGCCCAGCUCGUCUCGACGAUCAUCGCCGUCUAUGCCGACUGUGGCCUCGCCGGCAUUGAGGGCAUCUCCGGUGGCCGGGUUGGUUUUGUCUGGGUCUGGGUGUGUUCAUCUUCCCCUGCGGUGUCGAACAUGGCACUUACUUUGAUCUUCAAAACAUCGCCUGGUUCCUCCCGCUCGACUUGGUCAAGUUCGCCAUGA